AUGACGACGAAGCAAGCUGGUUACAGCGCCAUCUAUCGAAAACAUGAGAAACCAACAAGCAAAUCGUUCAAGAGUAUCUUCGGCUUGUUUGUAUAUUUAGUACAAAUGGCACGGAGCAGCACGACGGGCACGCAGUUCGCUUCUCACAUCAGUGUAAAUACGCCUUCAAGAAGCUUCAGUCACGGAGUUGGAGACCCAUUGCGGAUAUUAACGCAACCAAUGAAACAACAAAACAGAUCUCCUCAAAGAAAUUUCAGAAGACCAGUUAACAGGCAAUCGGAACAUUACGGAUAUCCAAGGGUGAAGCCAUCCAUACCGUUUCCACACGAAGAUAUUGUUCGAGAUAAUGCAUUUAAUGUUGCACCAUUGCUGCAUCACAACUACUUUGAUGUAGAUAUACCGCUGCUACCACCAUCACCAUACAAGGUUGAUUCACCGGAUCCAGAAUCCCUGUGGCCCCAAGGUCUGUUCGUGCCGCCGUUUAACCCACCCAGCUUCGUAUCGCGAAGGCUAGAUAAUGAUUUCUUUGACCCAUACCUAUUAGAAGGCUCCGAAGCUGUCGCUGCAGUACAGAGAUCUAAUCGUCACGGCUUGCUCUAUUUCCACGACAUCCCCCACAUCGAAUCAUUGUUGGCAAACCAAUAUCUAAGAAUCAAGAACAACCUCAAGCCAAAUCGUAUUGGAAGUAUUCGUCAUACCUGGCCGAAUAAUCGCCCGUAG